AUGUUGAAGCAUUCUAUUCUUUUCAGCGCUAUCGCCGGCGCUGCUGUCAUCGCUGGGCCCGUUAUGGCACUUGCGAUGCCCUCGGUGGGCGAGUCGGUGAAGGCACCCGAAGAUGUGCAGAGAAGAGUGGAAACCAGUGUCGAUAUGGAGGACGCCUGUCAGCGCGAGUAUGGAUCCGACUGGGAAGCCAUUCUGAACGGGAGUGGGUGCAACGACUGGGCCUGUGUGAACACCACGAGCCGGCAGCAGCUUGGUCUCAACGUAAACUUGUAUUGCUAUGAGACACUCGGAGUCACGUCCUCCGCCUCUUGUAGUUCUGGCGCUUGGAGCUGGAGAUGCGAGUCUUAUUGA